ACUGCUGUUGGUGCCGGGCCGCCGUUCCGGUCACAGCGCUCCCGAUCUGCAGCCGCUCCUCCCCAGAGUCCAGUCUGUCCCCAGAAUGGGGUGGCACUUACCGCUGAUCACCCUGUUGGUUGUGACGGUUAUACGAUGGCAUGUGGUCUCUGCCACCGACUGUCGAGAUUCCAACUGUCAGUUUGAUAUACGGGAAGAAUGCCUGACCUCCAGAACAGUAAUCUGCAGCAUGAAAGACCGGCCAAUGAAGCAGAUUAACAUCACGGCUACGUCAUUUCCAAGAGGUGUGCGUGACAUCCGAAUUUCCGAUGCCGAGAUGAUCACCUUCGAACCGGACGCCAUCUCCUCUCUGACAUCUCUGAAGGACAUCGAGAUCACCGACGUCAAUACCGUGAUCCUGCUGCCCCGCUCUCUGGCACGUGACAGCGGGGCCGAACAGAUCACCGUGACGAUACGCUCAGUGAAGAGUCUUCAGCUGCAUCCGGAAGCAUUUCAUGGCUGGAGAGGCGACUCGAAGAUCACCAUUGACGGCGUCAAUGAUUGCCAGAUGUUGCAGCGCUCUAUGGCUGACGCACAGCUUCGCAGUUUAUCUUUGGCAAACACACAGUCGCUGAUCGUUCAGGAAAAUGCCUUCAGCACUGAUUCUAUGAUAGAAUAUAUAUAUGAAGAAUAUGAAGUAUAUUUCUCUACCCAAUGGUACAUUCCAGGCAAAGGUGCACUGGCUUCUGAUUUCAGACAUUAGGAACUUCACCGUACACUCAGGUGCACUGUCCCGAAACGCAACGAUUCAGGAACUCAGCAUCGAAAGAGUGACGUGCCUCAACAUUGAAUCGGAUGGCAUUGAAGCAGAAAUUGGCGAGCUGAAGCUUCACAACGUUAUCAUGGAAACUUGUGGCGAAAACACGUUCGGUGGCAAUGUUGCGUCCCUGUCCCUGAGCUCGUCGCAUAUCCAUCGUACCAAGAAAAACUGCAUCUCAACUGGGCACGGAAUGAGGAAGCUGACUAUAGAAAGCAGCCACUUGAACCAAAUUGAUGAAUCGGGCAUCAACGGGACGGUCACAGAAGCUCAGAUCAAGAAGAGCACAAUAGGAAAAAUAGCAAAGGCAGGGCUGCAGCUGAAUGUUACGACGCUUUCCAUUGAGAACAGCACUAUCAAUGAAGCGUCAGGGAAAGCAAUCGUGGUGCUUGCUGACAGCGCUAUCACAAUCAGAAACUGCACAAUCGAUGUUAUGGAAAAGGGAGCCCUCAACUCACUAAACGUGAAACAAGGCUACAGCACAGGCACGGCACACCCUCGGAUCCUGCUAGCCAACCUCCACAUAAAACAUCCACAGAACGGCUCGCUGCUGUUUGACCAAAGCCAAGGAAUAACAGUGAAUGACGUCAAAACAGACAUUCCCUGUGACUGUAACAUAACAACAACAUUGGGUCUGGACAUGUCUUCCGAGCACGCAUUCUGGAUAAGCCAGCCUCUCUGUGUAAUCAAGGGCGUCCGGCCGACACUGGGCCAUUACCUGAAGGAGUUUUGCACGGAACCCACCACCAUCCCGCCGUCUACGAUUCCCGACGAAAUAAACGACACUAACCCUCGACCAGGAACCCUCGACCGUGUGAUCAGGAACAAGCCGUUCGGCGAUGGCUCAGACCAGGUCCGCACCGGCUUCACCCACAAUGUGACCCUGAUUGGCAUUAUCGUUGUUGCAGUCCCGAUUAUGCUAGCCGUCUCCCUCUUCCUCGUAAGCCGUCGCUUCAGACGAAAGUCGCGCCAAAGCGCCGACAAAGACCAGCCAUCCCUGGAUACCACCUUGCACCCUCAAAGCAACCAACAGACUCACGGACCGGGCUCACGCCCUGAGAUCAGUGAACCAAUUAACAUCUACGUACCCGAGCCAGUCGACAGCACGUCCUUCCAGACACCAGGGGGUCAGACCAUCGCCCAAACUGCCGAGACAAACACCAGCUAUGGAGCGAAACCGAACAAGACCUGGACAGGAGUCUGCCGCGAGUCCCAGGCGGUACAUUCGCCGAUGGAAGCAGAUGGAAUUCAUGAGAUCAACUACGACAUGACUCACGACACUGGAAACGUGACUGGUGACACGCUUCACCAAGAAAUGACUGAUCUUUUAGACAGUCAGAGUAGCCCCGUAUCUGCCUGGACACACACCAGCUGUGGACCGAAACAGGAUGGGAACUGGCAGAACGUCUAUCUCGCACCUCCGGACGCCAAAAUGCGAGCAAACGAAGCCUUGGCGCAGCAUCCAAGGCAUUGUCAUGACUCAGGCUGUUCUACCAUGACUACUAGCACAACAGUCAGCCAUGACGAGGUCAGCCAGCCACCCGACGAGCGGUACACUGCGCCCAUCUGUUACAGCAGCGACGCAACUGGACUAUCCGAAAGCUUCGUCCGCAAGACGUCAGUUCAAAGUGGCGAGGUGUUCAUCUAUCCUGAUCAGCAGACUUGUGGACCGAACUUGCGCCUCGCAACCAGCGCACCAAUGCACGGCGAUUUAAUGGGGACAGACAGAAGCGGUUCACACCACGCGCUUGCUUUAAGUUCCUUGAUCAGCUCAGCCGUCGGUGGACCUGCCGGGACUCACACCAGCAACGGGAUGGAAACGGGGAGCAGCUCAUCGCACGUGGUCUAUCUGCCUUUGAGGGCAUCUCGGCCAAACGAAACGCCCGGAUGGUCGUCAGGUGGGCCACGACCCUACGUGGAUAUACCCAUCUAUUGCACCGCGCCCAGUCAGAUACCAGAGCGUCGUAAGACUGAGAGGCGUCGUCGAGGUGGCAGUCAGGACGAGGUCAGCCAUCGACCGGACGAGCGGUACAAGCUAUUAGCUAGCUACCGGAGUGAUCGGCCGAAGGACCCUCGCAUUCAGCGGCUGGCGCGAGAUCCACGGUGGGCGCGGAGGUAUGAGAAGGAAUUUGAGUUAUAGUAUAGUCGACUACAGAAUGAUGUUCGACUCCUCAGAAGCUAUCAGUUGACCGGAGCGCUAAGUUGUGCCGUUUAUCACGCAAUUAAGCGUGUCGAUU